CCUCGCAGUCUCAAUCAUUCAAAGGCAUGGCGGUGACGUGGCCAAGCUUUCCUAUUAUAGUACAAUGGGUCCAACUUGAGUUUGGUAAAGGGAAACGAAACUGAGAAGACAACAUUCCCGAUGUAGGGAGACUGAACAGCAUUCAGCCCCUUUGUCAAGUUCCAUUGGACAUGCACUGGGGACAAGGCAACACUGUUCAGUAACGAUAUCAGCCAAACCAGGAAAUGUCCAAACACAGGGAAAACAUCAUGUCACGAUCAGCGUUAACAAGGGAGCUCUUGGGCCAGUACAUCUCAGACACCCUCAGCCACAUUCACACAGUGAGGGAGUUCUGUGACAGGCAUUCCAAAUGGGCCCUUCAGAGGGAGACAGAUCUGGAAAUGAUGAGGGACAUCAAGGAGAGGGCAGAGAGAAUUGACCUUAAGUUCGACCAUGUCCGUAACUCAGCGACCAAGGCCAAGGCGUUUGGGGAGUUCGUAUGGAGCGGUCUGACCCAGGUGACUGCAGACAGUAGGCGUGAGGAGCUGGAUAAGGAGCUGGGAGCUGUACUAAAGGACACUCUGGGAGGCCUGGAGAAGCUGGAUUACUUCCUGGAUGCUGUGGAGUGUCUGGCGGUCACCUGUCUGUUGGUGUUUGAGGAGAACAGGUUCCUCUGUCUGCCUCAGGGGACGAGCCCUGCUAGUGUUCAGGCUGUCAUCAUUGCUGCCAGAAUGGCCUGCCCUCUCCUCAUCUAUUUUAAGAGGGAUGCUAAGGCCUUCUUUAUGCCCAGCCUCCUCAAUGUAGAGGUGCUGGCCUGCCAACUGGUUAGAUACAUAGAAAUCAGCCAGCAGGUCUGUAACAGGAUGGAGAAGGGAUUACAGAUCAGACCAGAGUCUGAGAAUAAACUUGGUAGCUACAUCAGUCAAAUGCUGUUUUGGAAAAAGAAGAAUGACAUCCCUGUGGUCAACCUUGGUGCUGAUGUGCGGGAAGAGUCCAUACAAAAGAUGCUGGACCAUUUGAAUCAGCUGAGUGAUAUCAGGAUGGACCAGAACCUCAGACUGACAUUCCUGUUCCAAGGGGCUGCUCAGCGCUUCAUUGGUCAGUUCAGCCAGCGCCGACCCAGGAUGGAGCAGUUUCUGACCGAUCUGGAGGAGAAUGCUGUGCAGCUGGACAGGAUGAAGCUGGGGGCUAAGAUCUCCAGUGUGGCAGGCAGCUCAGUGGGGGUGGCUGGAGGAAUCCUAUCCAUCGUGGGCUUAGCUCUGACCCCUGUCACUGCUGGGGUGUCACUGGCCCUCACAAUUGCAGGGGCCAGCCUGGGGGUCACCAGUGGGGUCAACAGUAUAACCACUGGUAUCACAGAGAUGAAGGUCAAUAGCAUCCAUGAGAAGAAAGCCAGUGAAAUAUUCCAGAGUUUCAUGGAGGAUGUAGAGAGUCUUCAGGAGUGUCUGGAGUAUGUGGCCAGGAAUAUGGAGCCCAUCCUGGGGCAAAGCAGGGAGGAUGUCGUGCUGGGAGCAGGGAACGUGAUUUUCACAGCCGGGGCCAUCAGCAAACGCAUCGACACCUUAAUAGACUGUGCCUCAGCUCUGAGUGUGAAGACCUUUGCAAAUGAAGAUCUGAUCGCAAGCGCUGGUAAGCUGGUGCUCCAGGAAGGCAAAGCAGCACGAAACCUACCCAAGCUAGCAGGGGACAUCCCGGACAUUGGACAGGUCGCCAAAGGCACCCCACUAGCCCUCUCCGGCUCGGCGCGGGCUGGUUUUAUCACUCUCAACGCCCUCUUCAUUGGCCUGGAUGUCUUCUUCAUCUGUAAAGACAGCGUCAGCCUGGCCAAAGGCAGCAAGAGUGAGAUAUCCCAGCUCAUCCGUGCCAGAUCAGCAUUGUGGCGCACAGAGUUGGACUCCUGGCAGAGGAUCCAUGACUCGCUGUGUAAAGGAAUUUGGAAGUCCAGGAAGUGCCAGAGAAUCCUGGAGCAGCCAUUUUACCCUCUGGAGCAUAAUCUGAAAGAGAAAAAAUCAAUGUGUGUCACGCAGUAGGACAACAUCAAAUACUUACCAGUUUUAAGUUAGGGCCUCUCAAACAUACUGUACAGUGGCACUUGUAAUGUUCAACAGUUAAAAAUAGAUGACACAAAGCACUUUUUCAAUUUUUAUGAAUCAUUCUAUACACGUGUCUAUAAAACAAUUAAGGUAAUUUUAUGAAAUGUAUUCUGUUUACUUGUUCAGAGUAGUCUGUUUAAUGUCAUGCCCUGUUUACAAUGAUGUGUUCAGUCAAUACUGAAAGUGAAAUGUAAUAAUGUUUCUAUGAUUGUGAUGCUGACUUGUACCUUCACACACAGAAGACUCACAUUCCUCACUUCAGCAGUAGUUGAAGAUGUCUUGCUAACAGGCAAUGAAACAUGUUAGUACAAUUUAUUCUGAUGUUGACUUGUGUGGAAAUGUUAUGAAAUGGAAAGGGACUGAUCA